CUUUUUCCGAACAUCUCUCCUAUUCUCUUGCUAGCUAGUUGGUUUCUCUGCAACAGAAAAUUACCAUGGCUCAAAUUGCAAAGAUGGAGGCCCUAACAGAGCUCAAAUGCUCGGGUGAGAAGUUCUACGAAAUAUUCCGCAGCAAAGUGCACCUCAUGCCCAAGAUCUGCCCAGACAUGGUGAAAGAUAUACAAGUACUCGAGGGUGACUGGGAAUCGACAGACUCAAUAAAGCAAUGGACUUAUGUUGCAGGAAAUUCUGAGGGGGUUAAGACAGUCGAGUCAAUAGACGAGGAAAAUAAGUCGAUCACUUACAAAGUAAUAGAUGGAGAGAUUGCAAAGAACUACAAGGUUUUUAAGUCCACUGCGCAGGUUACACCAAAGGGUAAUGGCUGCUUGGUGAAGUGGACUAUUGAAUAUGAGAAGGCAUAUGAGGAUGUCCCAACUCCUAAUAAGUACAACGACUUUACGGCCAAUAUUUCAAAGGCUGUGGAAGCAUACCUUCUCAAUGCAUAAAAAAGGACAUAUCGAUCCUUCUGUACUACUACUACUAGUACAAUAAAAGCUGAAAAGCUGAAGUUAAUUUCCUCUAAUGGCUAAUAUGUAUCUUCAUCAGGAGGAAUAUGUAUUAAUUAAUUUCUGCAA